AUGUCUUCCUCUAUCCCACAGCAAGGGAUUUCCGACAUGCGCCAAAACGAUGUCAUCUAUCGAUCUCUAGCAUUGUCCUCGAUUGAAGAUGAUGCAAGCACCCGCCAGAAGUACCGACCAUUUAUUCUCGACAAUGAUGUCAAUGCCACCGAAGACUGGGUCAAUAACUUGGACCUGGCCACCGCUCUCAACAUGGCUGAGCAUGAUCUACAAAACACGAAAGAGAGACUUAAAGUUUUGGUACUUUAUGGUAGUCUCAGAAGCAGAUCUUAUUCACGACUAGUCGCAUUCGAAGCAUCUCGCAUCCUUUUUCGACUCGGUUGUGACGUGCGGGUCUUUGAUCCUGAAGGUCUGCCAGUGAAGAAUGAUCGUGAAAUAGACCACCCGAAAGUACAGGAACUCCGUAAACUCAGCGCCUGGAGCAACGGGCAUGUCUGGGUCUCGCCAGAGCAACACGGUAAUCUUACCGCAGUCUUCAAAAACCAAAUCGAUUGGAUCCCUUUGAGCACGGGGAGUGUCCGUCCCACCCAGGGUCGAACACUAGCUAUUGCUCAGGUGUGUGGUGGAUCUCAAUCCUUCAACGCCGUCAACUCUUUGCGUAUACUCGGUCGGUGGAUGCGCAUGUUUACUAUCCCGAAUCAAUCAUCAAUCCCGAAGGCGUAUACACAGUUCCCGGAUGAGGGUCAGCCAGGGGACCAGCGACUCAUGCCUAGUGGAAAUCGAGAUCGGUUGGUGGAUUGCAUGGAGGAAUUUGUCAAAUAUACUAUUCUGAUGCGACCGCAUAUGGAUCUUUUUGGAGAUCGGUUUAGCGAACGGGAAGAGAAGAAGCUAAAGGAGGCUCAGAUGAACGCAACUAGAUAG